GUUGCUGGACCUAAUUCUUUACGCCGGCUGCUGUGAAGGUUGGCGGCGGAACGAUGAAGGUGUCCUAGUGAAAAGAAAGACGCCUUCAUAACUGAGAGUAAGUUUUCAAUUCAUGGAUGUUUUGUAUAGAAAUGGGCACAGGGUCAUGGAUAACUAGAGGCGGAGGAGUCGGACUGAUUGUUUAAGGUACUCUCUUUGUUGCUUUGAAGCUUUGAAUUUGAUAAUGUAAUUGAAAUUGUUUUGAAUUUUUCUGGUUAUUUUCUUGUUAAAGUGAUUGGAUGGUUAUGUUGCUUCAUUGUUUCAAUUCCGUUGCCAGUUUUGUUGUGAAGCAAUGCUAGAGGUUUUGAUUUGGUUAAGCUUAGAAUGGUGUAGUUACAUUCAAGUUUAGUUCUUUUCGGGCAAUGAUAAUCUGUAAACUAUGAACAUGGAUAAGUAAUCACGUACUGAACACUCUUAUAAAAUACACUGAUAAAGAAACAGAAGGGACCGAUGAUUCCACCAAUGUCUGAAAGUGAUAUUUGUUUUCUUUUCUCAAUUCAAUUCUAAUUAAUUGUGUAGGUAUGAUCAUUAGCACUUGGAUAAUCCAGACAGGCUUCCUACUGGACUGAAUACUAGAUCAGUUUAACUUAAGAGGAUAAUUGACUGAAUGGUGAAACCAAUUAAGAUAACAUUUUGCGACUUAUAUUUACUUCCAGUCAGAAAAUUGCACGAUUAUACUGGAGCUUAAUGACAAGGGGUCACUAGAAUUUUGGAGGUUUACUAUUGCUUUGCCAUUAUUGUGGGACUGUUCUAUACUGUUAUAUUAGUUGAAAUACAUAUCAUGAAUAAACCUGCGUACCUAAAGUUAGUAUAUGGUGCUACAUCUGCCUGUUGUAAAGAAAACUUAAUACAUAGCUUAGUGAUCAUACUGAAGAUUUAAAUUGAAGUGUAUAUUUAAGAAGCCUUGGAAAAAAAAGAAAAAGCCUUGAAGCCUUGGGAAAUAUGAUGGGCCAUUAUACGUAAUAAGUUUCUCAUUUGUAAUGUCUACAUGACAGUAAUUAAGAGCAGUUGAAGUGGAUGAAUGUUGUGGAGAUUAUGGAUGAAUCUCCAGCCCAUUUGCUUGGUUCUAUAAAGUAAAAUUGGUCAAAGUGUACAAACAUGAGUUUUUAACUAUUUAACUUCUUUGUAGUUUUGGUUUCUAAAAUUACUAACUUUUUUUUUUGGCUCAAUCCACAAAGGGGUAUGGCUAUCAGUAACUCUUGUAUACUUUAUAAAAGGUAGGCACAUCUGUGUGUAAUAUAUAUCACACACACACACACACACACUCUCUCUCUCUCCCUCCCUCCCUCUCCCUCUCUUCUCUGAACAGGCCAGAGAUCUCUCUCUCUCUCUCUUCUCUGAAACAGGCCAGAGAUUGCAGCCAAAAGCAUGGAAAAAGGUGUAGCUAAAGCUGGUCAAGCAAAUGAAAACUGUAGUGAAAAUACUUUCAGUAGUGUUACCAGGAUUUCAUCGACUGGUGAUAGGUCAUCUGGCUUUGGAUCUGUUGUUGUGGUUGAACUAUAUGGAGAGGUCUUGGGAAACAGGAUGAGGCUAGGAUGCAGGCUAUUCACACAAGUCAGUUCAUUUCUAGCUCUGGCAGUAACUGUUGCUGCGGCUAUUUUCAAAACAAUGGUUGCCAAGGGAUAUGUUCUGGGACAAGAUGCAUUAAUCAAGGGGAUUUGUCAAAACAAUGAGUCUUAUCAAGUAUCGGCUGCUACAACGUCCAAGGUUUAUGAGUUAGCAAUUGAAUAUGGCUCAUCAAGGCAAAGAAGCUUUUCAAUCACCUCAAUAGCCAAGAGUUCGUAGGUCAUGAUACUUAGCCUACUGGGCGUCAGCAUUAUGUAUUUCAAUUUUUGAAUGUUUUUGUA